AUGCCUCAUUGCAACAAGACAGUUGUCAAUACACACCCUAUCAUGGCGGCGACACUGGCCAGCAUCGUUUCGCAUACGAACCUUCGCUCGCUCCUCAUCUUCGCUCUCUUCGCAUGCUUCGCCUUCCUCUCCAUCGAGAUUGGUUACAACUUUCGCUACACCGCCACCGACGCGCACUCGGCGUCGCUGUUGCUCCCGCGGUAUCACCAGCAGGCGGCGCAGCCGCGGCCGGGGGAGAGCGCGGAGGAGGUGCUGGGGAAACUGCGCGCGGAGAUCGAGAAGCAGCAGCUGCGCACGGCGAAGCGCCAGCUGUUCCGCGACGAGGUGCGCACGCUUAUGGACGAAAUCGCGCGGCUUAAAGCGAAUCACUCGGGGCCAAUCAAAGCCGAGGAUCUCAAAACCUUCGCUGACGUAAGCAACAACGCCGGGGGAGGAGGAGGUGGGGGAGGAGGGGAAACCAGUGGUUCUGUUUCCGAUGCUGCUGCUGCAGCAGAACUGGCGAAAUGCGAGGCGUCUUUGCAAGAGUGCAGAGAGAGCCUCGGGCAGGCUGGUGGAGCAGAAGGGACGGGAGGGGACGCCGGGGCUAACAACAGUGCUGCUGCAACCACUGGUGAUGCGGCAGCAACGGGUGCAGGGACUGGGUCUGGUGGUGCUGGGCCUGAUGUGGCGGUUGCACUGAGUGAGAACUGCAAUGACACUGUCUCCAGUGAUGAUGCUCUCCAGGCUGCCCGGAAAGCAAUUGAGGAGUGCGGCUGGGCAGCUGAGCAAGCGCGCGAGAGCGCCAUCGGUGGCGGGUACAGUAGCGGGGAGCUUUCAGCUGCCCGGAUUCGUGCCACGUCGUGCAGUGCUACAGAUGAGGAGCUGCUGAAAUACCUGAACUACUCCCCAAAGAAACCCUGUCCAGAUGACUGGUACUUUGUCCAGCACCUGAUCUUCGUCCGCAACUGCUUCUGCCUGCCACGCAGACGCUGCUUUGCCGUAGCACCCCGGGAAUAUCAGGAGCCGAGCAUUCCCUUCCCCCAGUCUGUCUUCGACCCGCGUGCCCUGCUGGAUUCGAACGUGCGGUGGGACCUGCACCGCUGCAAGUCGUACGCGUGUAUCAACUCGCGGCUGCUCGGGGAUUGCCGCGACUGCUUCAACCUUACGCUGGAGGCGAAGCGGUGGAAGAAUAACUAUCGCGGGGCGGUGACUUUAGAGGAGGUGAUGAAGCUGAAGCCGCGUGGGUCUAUUAGGAUUGGCCUGGAUGCUGGUGGGGGUACCGGCAGCUUUGCAGCGGCGCUUGCACUGUACAAUGUGACGAUUCUGACCACCGCCAUGAACACGGAGACGGUGCAAGAAGUGGAAAUGGGGUUGCCUUAUAUGGAGACGAUUGCGCAGAGAGGGCUGGUGCCUCUGCACGUGCCGCACAAGGCCCGCCAGCCGUUCUUUGACAACACCCUGGAUUUGAUUCACACGGUGAACAGUAUCAAGUACUUUUCCAUCCCCGAAUUUGAGGAGCUUCUGUUUGAGUGGGACAGGAUUCUAAGGCCUGGAGGGAUCUGGUGGUUUGAGCUGUUCUAUGCGCCGGUGUGGGAGAUGCCUCUGUACAUUGGGGUGAUUGAGCAGUUUGGGUAUGGGAAAAAGUAUUGGAAUCUGACACCAAAAACAGAUACAGCUGAGAGGGAGGGUGAGCAUGUGUAUCUGAAUUGUGUGUUGGAGAAGCGUAGCCGGAGAUAG